CAGUUAAAUGGUUUUCAGAUGAUAACUCAAGAAUGCUUACGCCUAGAAUCAUGAAACUUCAUAGGUACAUUAAUCAUGGCUGGCAGAUGACCCCUAUAGAUUUUCAAGACUCUAGGUCAAAGGUCAAGGUCACAGUGACCUUAAGCCACUACAACUGACAGCCCAUUUGGAGGACAUGCGUGUUUUACAAACAGCCCUUGUUCUUAAUUGGACCAUACUAGAUGUAUUCAUUAACUCGGGAUAAUAAUUGUAUUCAUAAUUAUGUCUAAAUGCAAUGUACCUUUUUUACUCGUUACUCAGGGCUCUAAACAGAUCUGUCUCAGAUGAUGACAGAACUGUUAUUUAUAAACAACUUGGGCAGUUGAGUCGCUUUACAGCUCUGCAUUGGAUUUUGGCAGAGGAGCCAAAGACACGGGAUGUACCAGUGUCUCUCCUUGAUGACUUGGUGAUCCAUCCUGAUUAUCUGGGAGCUGAGGACCCACGCACAUGGCUGAGACGACAGCUGCUGGUGUCGCGCGAAAAGGUCAACAAAACAGCUGCAGCAACUAUUGGCCAGAGGAUAAAUGCCUUAUGGGCAGCUGAUCGCAAGUUGAGAUUCACCACCUCUAACUUCGGACAUAUCUUGUCAACGUUUGACAGAAAAAAGUAA